AUGUCGGACCUUUCAGGGUCACGCUCAUCCGUGCCUCCCCCCCGCCGCCACCACAGAAGUACUCGCACCGGGCUGCCAAUGCCAUCGCCCGGGUCGAGACCUCCUAGCCCGCAAAGUAACCGGGUAGAUGGGCCCCGACCCGUUAGGUCCAAAUCGCUCCCCGGCGAACCACAAACGGUCACCCAUCGAACCGGGAUUCCUAUCAUCGCCCUUGAUAUCUCCCCACAAAAGACCCAUGCAGUCAUCGCCGGCAAAGAGAUCCUGAAAACCAUCCGAGUCUCGCCCGACCACUUAUCGGAGGAAUUUAAUAUUCGCAAUGCGGUCAUUAGCUAUGCAUCCACCCAUCACGAUGCCGGCGUAUCUAUGCCGCACAAGGACCAGUUAAAUGUAAGGGAUGUCAAGUGGUCACAUGGCAAUUACGACCGGAUAAUCGCAACCGCUGUUGCUAAUGGUCGGAUUAUCGUCUACGAUCUGCAACGGCCCGGCCUCCAAUUAUGUCGCUUCCAGGGUCAUAACCGCCAGGUUCACAGACUCGCCUUCAACCCCCACCUCGGCUCUUGGCUCCUGUCUGGCAGUCAAGAUGGCACCAUCCGAAUGUGGGAUCUGCGCUCAGCAUCUGCAAAUCGGGGUCCUUCCACCUGCGGCAGCAAACACGUCUACCAGGGCAACAGCGAUGCCAUCCGGGAUGUCCGGUGGUCUCCCAGCGACGGUGUUCGGCGCUAUUCAACAGUGGGAUACGCGCAAGACAAGCGCCCGCUCUUGCGCAUUGCGGCUCAUGAUCGCCCAUGUUUCGCCGUCGACUGGCACCCUGACGGGAAACAUAUCGUGAGCGGAGGCACGGAUCGGCAGGUCAAGGUUUGGGACUUCUCUUCAUCUGCAGAGCGACGGCAAAAGCCUGCUUUCCAGUUCCGAACCCCACAACCGGUGACCAAUGUUCGCUGGCGGCCACCAUCAUGGGUCGGAGAUUCUCCUGGCUCGGGGGAAUGGCAGUCAUCUCAAGUAGUCACGUCCUAUGAGAAAGAAGAUCCGAGGAUUCAUCUUUGGGACCUUCAUCGGCCUCAUGUCCCGUUCCGUGAGUUUGAUCGAUAUGAUACCCCAGCAAACGAUCUGCUUUGGCAUUCCAAGGAUCUGCUGUGGACUGUUGGCGAGGGUGGAGCGUUUACCCAGACUGAUGUUCGCUACUCCCCUGCCGUGGUAAAUCGUCGGCCGACUUGCUCAGUUGCCUGGAGCCCGAAUGGCGGCUUCGUCGCGUUUGCUCAAAAACGACCAACACGUCGCUCGUUUGGUGUAAACGCCACAGAGUUUCUUAGCGUUGAGGACGAAACUGUCAGCACUGGCGAGAAAUCUCUAAGCCGUAGUCCCGUCGACGAUCUUCUGGACGACGUCACUCUGGCUUCGUCCCUUCGCCACCCGCAGAUUAAGUCUACGUCCAGUACUGCUAUACGACCAUCGAAGUCUGUUGGUAGCACCCCGCCUGGUGGGGUCGAAAUCCUGUCGGUUAUUCCACUUGAACAGGCCUUGGCUAAGACUAGGGCUCCGGGGCCCGAACAGCUGGGGCUUAUUGGAAAUAUCCCUGGGGCCACUAAUGACGCUUCACUUUUCCGGUAUUUGGCGCGGCAAUACUCGCCGUUGAUAAAUGACCAUGAUCAUAAUACAAGUCAUCCCCACGUGCUGAACUCCUUACUGGAAUCCCUCGAUCAAAAUGCGGAGCGCGCCGAUGAGGUAUCCUUGACAAAAUUGGCACAGACUUGGCGAAUAGUCAAGUUCGCCAUUAUCCAGGAGCUUCAGCGAAGGUCGAGGGAUAGAUCCGAGAAGAGUGGCAUCAAAGGAAAACCAUCCAGGGAUGGCCAUUUGACUGACCAAUCCCGAGCCAUCGGUCAGGGGAAGGCGAAAAGUCGGCUGUUCAAGGGUGUGAUGGGAGCCGAAGGAUCAAAGGGCUUGGUUCCUGAAGGAGAAAGCACAUCGAACAUGACCACGCCUCUGGCCAAACCGCUACCCGAUUCUCCGCAACUGGAUUCUUGGUCUAGUACUGACUCUCAGUUUCCCUCACUAAACGAGAAUGCUGUCGAUCUUGACCCACUUCCACCGUCAGUCUUGAGUUCCCAUAACGGGUGGGAUAUGUCUGACCCGAUGACGAGUUUGCAACGAAAUGAAUCAAUAUCUAGCGAAGAAGUUCACCCAUCUGGCACUGCCAUCCCGUAUCUCCUGGGCGACCGAGGGGAGUUGGAUCCAGACAGUGACCAGCGAUCUGCCCCUCGCGCCAUCGCAGGUCGAGCAGAGUGGCGUGUCCGCAAUCUCCCAGAUUUUCCUCCAGAAGCUUCCGGAGACGAGUAUGAUCAGAAGAUGGAGGAUAAGCGAGCUGCCCUCCGGGAUUUUAAACGAGUCCCGAAGAAACCAUUGACUCUAGAUGCCUCGCUGGAGUCAAGCGAACUCCCUCAAGCUGAACCUUAUCAACGUCAUAAUUCUUCAGAGAGUUUCUCGAUGUUUUCCGCAUCGACUGACAGUUCCCAUCCUUCAAAAUCGCUUGGUGCUUCGUAUUCGUCAACAGGACGGUUCCCAGAGCCACGAUUACCAGAUGCUGGCCAUUCGGGGUCGUAUUCUGGUAGACGACCCAGUUUCUCCUUCAGAAGAGGGUCUAAUCUGGAGCCGUCCUUGGAGGAGCCGGAAGACGACCUUGAUAUAGACGACUCGACUUUGGAAACUGAACAAGUCCACCUCGCAAGGCCGUCUAGCCCCCCAGUUCUUUUGACCGAAUCAACACCUCUUGAGCCACAUGAUCACUUUCAGCAUUCAAAUAAUGCGGUCGAUGUCUUGGCCUUUCCAGAACUGGCAGGAAUCUAUGAUGACAUCUCUCAUGUUGAAAUUCCUUUGAGUCCAGAUACGACGGACUUGAAGCCAUGGAGCAUUGAAGCUAUCUUAGCAGAGGCAGUCCGUCACUAUCAUAGCAAUAGCAGCUCCGUUGAUAUACAAACGGCAGCCCAUUUGCUACAAAAACUGCAUAUCUUAUUCGAGGAUUGCGAAGAAAUACUUCCUCACGAGGAAAACGAAAUCAUCUUCAAGACUUACAACGAGUAUCUUGUCAGGCAUAAAAUGGACGUGGAGGCUGCAGAACUUCGCCUCUCUUGUGUGCCGGCCUAUCCUGCAGUCUAUGAAUAUGCCCAGGUAGAUACCUUCAUAAACGUCUUCUGUUACACCUGCCAAAAGCCAUACGAGAAUCCUCGGCGCGACAAUACCCGCUGCUACCGCUGCAACACCCCCCAAGCUGCGUGUUCAAUCUGCAUGAGCCUUGAGCCACCUCCAGAAUGGGUCGCAGCCCACCAAGAACGGGAGACAGAGCCUAUUCUUGACGACACGAGCAGCGCAAACUCCAGUAUGACCUCCCACUACUCGUCCGGGUCAUCAGUUCCUACCGAGCCGGUCUCAAACACAGAACUCACCCAACUAGACUCCUUCACUGCACCUCGCCCCAAAGGCUCUGCUUUAUGGACGUGGUGCCAAGGCUGCGGCCAUGGGGGCCAUCUAGCCUGUAUCACAACCUGGUUGAGCGAUCCCUCCGUCAGCGAAGGUGGCUGCGCUACACCAGGCUGUUCACACGACUGCGGCCCCGGACCCCGCCGCGACAUGAACCGCGAGGCUUUGACUGACGACUCACGUCGUCGCGACUCUGCCAGUCGCUCUGCCGGGGUAGGUGUCGUGAAGCGCGAUCCUUGGGCCAAGGGCGAAAGUAAAGCCGUGGAAAAGGUCCGAGGUAUGCUCGGCGCUGCGGGCGCUGUUGCUGCCACCGGUGGCAGUGCGGUUGUUUCAAGCGGCUCUACUACAGCGUCUACCGGCCAAGGCAUUCCUUCGGGCGCGUUGUCACCUAAAAAGGUUAGAUUAGUGACACCUGGUGAGCAGGGUAGGCGCAGGGGAGCUUCGGCUCGAUCUAGCAUUACCACGGAUUAG